AAUUAAUAGAAGAUGGCAAAGCCCAGCCACAGCAGCUAUGUCCUUCAGCAGCUAAAUAACCAAAGAGAAUGGGGUUUUCUCUGUGACUGUUGUAUUGCAAUCGAUGACAUUUACUUUCAAGCACACAAAGCCGUUCUAGCUGCCUGUAGCUCCUAUUUUAGAAUGUUUUUCAUGAACCAUCAGCACAGUACUGCACAACUGAAUCUCAGCAACAUGAAAAUCAGCGCAGAGUGUUUUGAUCUCAUUUUGCAAUUUAUGUAUUUAGGAAAAAUUAUGACAGCUCCCUCCAGUUUUGAGCAGUUUAAAGUGGCAAUGAACUACUUACAGCUGUACAAUGUUCCUGACUGCUUAGAAGACAUACAGGACGCAGAUUGUUCAAGUUCAAAAUGUUCCUCUUCUGCUUCUAGCAAACAGAACAGCAAAAUGAUAUUUGGGGUAAGAAUGUAUGAAGAUACUGUGGCUAGAAAUGGCAGUGAAGCCAACAGGUGGUGUGCAGAGCCAAGUUCAACAGUGAACACACCACAUAAUAGAGAGCCUGAUGAAGAGUCUUUACAAUUAGGUAAUUUUCCUGAACCACUGUUUGAUGUAUGUAAAAAAAGUUCUGUGUCCAAAUUAUCUACUCCAAAAGAACGUGUGUCGCGACGCUUUGGACGGAGUUUUACCUGUGACAGCUGUGGAUUUGGCUUUAGCUGUGAAAAGUUACUAGAUGAGCAUGUGCUAACCUGUACAAACAGACAUUCAUACCAAAACACGAGAUCUUACCACAGAAUCGUAGAUGUUAGAGAUGGAAAAGACAGCAACAUCAAAGCUGAAUUUGGUGAAAAAGAUUCUUCAAAAGCAUUUUCUGCACAGACAGACAAAUACAGAGGAGACACAAGCCAGACUGCUGAUGAUUCAACUUCAACAACUGGAAGCAGAAAAAGUAGCACAGUGGAGUCAGAAAUGGCCGGUGAAGAGAAAAGCAGAGCAGCUGAGAGGAAAAGGAUCAUCAUCAAGAUGGAGCCAGAAGACAUCCCUACAGAUGAAUUGAAGGACUUUAACAUUAUUAAAGUUGCUGAAAAAGACUGUAAUGAGUCCACUGACAAUGAUGAACUGGAAGAUGAACCCGAAGAGCCAUUUUAUAGAUACUAUGUUGAAGAGGAUGUCAGCAUUAAAAAAAGUGGUAGGAAAACUCUAAAACCUCGGAUGUCAAUAACUGCUGAUGAAAGGGGUGGCUUAGAAAAUAUGAGGCCCCCUGACAACAGCAGCCCAGUACAAGAGGAUACUGAAAAUGCAUCUUGCGAGCUGUGUGGGCUCACGAUCACUGAGGAGGACCUGUCAUCGCAUUACUUAGCUAAACACAUUGAAAACAUCUGUGCAUGUGGUAAAUGUGGACAGAUACUUGUGAAGGGCAGGCAGUUGCAGGAACAUGCCCAGAGGUGUGGGGAGCCCCAAGAUCUGACCAUGAAUGGGUUAGGAAACACCGAGGAGAAAAUGGACAUGGAAGAGAAUCCUGAUGAGCAGUCUGAAAUAAGAGAUAUGUUCGUUGAAAUGUUGGAUGAUUUCAGGGACAAUCAUUACCCGAUAAACAGUAUCCAAAAAAAGCAGUUAUUUAAACAUUCUGCCUGUCCUUUUAGAUGUCCUAAUUGUGGCCAGCGUUUUGAAACUGAAAAUCUAGUGGUUGAGCAUAUGUCUAGCUGCCUAGAUCAAGAGAUGUUUAAGAGUGCCAUCAUGGAAGAAAAUGAAAGAGAUCACAGACGAAAGCAUUUUUGUAAUCUGUGUGGAAAAGGAUUUUAUCAGCGGUGUCACUUAAGAGAACACUAUACUGUUCAUACUAAGGAAAAACAGUUUGUUUGUCAAACAUGUGGAAAGCAGUUUUUAAGAGAACGUCAGUUGCGACUGCACAAUGAUAUGCACAAAGGCAUGGCCAGUGGUGAAAUAGGGCCUUCUAAACCUGUGGAGAAGUGAGAUCUGAAUUGGCGAGGACAUGGGGAAGAAUCAAUCUUCAACAGAUAAUCUUUAAGUGCAGACCCAGGAAUAGCAGAUCUGAAGUGGCACCAUCUUUCUGUCUUCCUGACAAACGUCAUCAACCCCAAAAGUUCCAGUUGCAAAGAUUCAAGAAAACUCAAUAAAGAUCACUUUGGAAUCACUUUGUCAUAACAAAACUGAUUCAUGGUGACUCUCCUAAUAUUUGUGGAAAAUUACUACAGAAAAAGUAACUAGAAAAUUCAUAUGACAUCAGUGGUUAAAGCUACACUAAAAUGAAACUUGAUAUGCUAAUUAUCUUCAAAAAUCCUUUCUAAAAUAACAGGGCUUGCUAGGCUACUAUAGAUAUAUUUAUAAAGAGAUAAUCACAAAUCUGUAUAAACAUAUAUAAUUCUAAACUUAAAAUAACUAGACAUAUAGCUCAUAUAUUAUGAAAUGUAGUUAGGCAAUUUAAAAAGUUACAUCCAAAAAUGUGUAGUUUAGAGUGUAAGAAUAAAUGGGUACAAAGAAAAAAAUUUUAAGGUCAACAUUUUAAGAUAGUCUAGUCAUUACUGACUGUAAUAUAACACUUGCCCUUCUUCCUUCUCUACUGUGUAUUUCAGUCUCGUAUUUGAUUAUUAAUAUUAAUGAAGCUCUCUUAAAUCCGUUAACAUGAAGGAAAAACAGAACUGGUAUUGCUUCAAUAGUGGCAGCUUUUCACAAACCAUACGUGCAUUGUUUUCUUUGGAACUUAGCAAUAUAACCUAAUACAGCAGAAUUAAUUUCUGUUAAACAUUUAUUCUCAGUAGUAAUGUAUAAUGCCAUGCUUCUCAGCUUUCCAAUUUCUAGAUAACAUUUAACUAAGUUUUGAAUGAAACCAUGGUUUGUUUUUAAAAACCUUUCAUGGAGAAGUUAAAUAUUUGGUGAGAUUUUAACCUGGCUACAAAUGCUUUGUUUUAUAAACAUAUGUACAUACACACAUUUAUUACCAUAUGAGUCUUAUAGCCAAAUUAUGUGUUACUGUGAAUAUACUUGUAUAUUUACUUCUGGUUAAUUAUGUACCCAGUUCCUUAUUAUUAUCAUUUUGUUUCUUGUCCAAUAUCAAGAUGUCAUAUAUUUUCAGAAAUGCUUACAUAUUUAUUUUUAUGAGAAUUUCUUCAAAUGCUUUAAUAAGAAGUUGCACAAAGAGAUCUUAGAGUACUUUAUAUUUAAAAGGUACAAUGAAUUACAUUCAGAAGUAGUUAAAUUUCAGUUCUUAGAGUAUACUUAAUAGUAUAUGCAGAAGUUAUGCCAUUUAAAAACCCUGUCUAUAAAGGAGGAUGAUAACCUGAAUAUUCAUUCUAAUAACUAGACUAACUGAAAGUCAGAGUUAAUUACAAUGUGGAUUGGGGGGAUGGGAGAGAAGGGAGAAGAGGAAAUCCACUAAAGAGUUUAAAUACUUGUGAAUUCAGCUGCUUUAAGAGAAAACGAAUAAGCCUAGGGAAAUAUUAGAGUCUAAAGAACACUUGAGUUAAUCUCUUUUGAGAAUAUGAGAAAGCAUAUAGAACUGCAGACAUGCACAAGUAAGUAGGAAACAGAAAAGACUACUACCAAUAACGAUGAAAGGUGCCAGAUCAAUAUAGUAAUGACUCAACAAAUAAUUUUUGAUUGAUUGGUAGCAUUAAAUUUAAGAAAGAAAAAUGGCUUAAAUUUUGACUGUACGAAUGAUAAAUGUAAUGAAUUACAAUAAUUAUAAAUGCAUUGUAUAAUAUGACUAUUCUCUGUAUAUAAUAUAAAAUGGAAUUACUGAGUUUGUUACUUUUUUUAAUCCAUUACUUUUACCUAAUAAAAUUUCCUCCUCUAUGUUGUGAAGUUAAAUUGUCUGUAUACUAUAUUUAUUUAUACUGUAUGUUUUUCAAUGUGGUCUUUUAAAAAAUGAUUAGUGUGAAAAUUAUGAAUUCUUCCCAUUCUUUAAUACCACAAUAAUAAAGUAUCUGAUGUUGCUAAA